UUAGCCUUUUUUAUGUCUGCGUUCAUAUCUCACAACCUAUAUAAAGGCAACUAAAUUUCUUGGGCUUUACACCCGUGUCUGGAGGAGACUGAAGAUUCCACAAUGAACACUCUCGUCAUUUUGUGCGCUCUUGUUGCAACAUGUUUGGCUGGCUACGACAAGCAGCAUGGCGGAGGAGGUUACAAAUAUGGAACAUGCCCAUAUCGUGUAGAUUAUGGCGCUAUCGGCCGAUAUUGUUCAAAUGAUUAUAGCUGCCCUGGAUAUCAGAAAUGCUGCUAUACAUAUGGUUCAUACAGGUGCCAAAUUCCUAUUGAAUACAGUCGACCCGGCAGCUGUUACUAUAGUCAAGGAUCUGUCGGAACCUCAUCCUGCACUGUCGACUCAGAAUGCUACUACGGCCAGAAAUGUUGUGCUGGAUAUGGUGGUAACUUCCACACAUGCAAAUACGUUUACGGAAGAACAGCUCCUUACACCUCAGCUCCAUUGUUUACUGGCGGCAACUUGGGUUUAGGAUCUUCUCAAUUUGUGAACCCCGGCGUCAAUACCUUCCCAGGCGUAGGUGUUCUCCCUGGUGCUUUCCCUGGUGCUUUCCCUGGUGGUAUUUCUGGUGCUUUCCCUGGUGCUAACCCUGGUUUUCUUCCUGGUGCUAACCCUGGUAUUCUUCCUGGUGCACCUAUCGGAGGUGUAAGUCGAAAGGUCUAUUAAAGAUACAAACGUUUGUCCAAUUUGUAUUACAUUUUAUGAAUAAAGUACUUUGUCAGCAUAA